GACUUUACCCAUUCAUAAUAGGAUUUACUCCCAACCACUUGCACUUGAAAUUGCUACGGAACUAUUCCUAUAUUUUGAAAUCAAUAUACCAAUGAAAAGGAGUGAAGACAACAGCAUGUACAAUGAUUCUUAAACCACUCAACAGCAUCCACACUCAAGGCAAUGAGACCAAAUCAAGGAACAACAACAGGAAUGCCACCUCUAGUCCGAUACUUGCUCUUCGAACGCUUGCCUUUCGAUAUUCAUUAUCAAAUCGCCUCUUACCUGGACUACGUGGACAUUCUCAAACUUUCAUCCGUCAACUCCAUUUCCCGCGACUAUCUCAACAAUUGCGCACUUGUACCCAAACGACAAUGGAUUCAAUUCCUCUGCGAAACAGAGCGCCACAGCUCUCGCAACAGUCUUCGCGGGUUCGGAAGGCAAUGGCCAUGCUACGGAUGCGGCCGUGUCCUGGACAAGGCCUCUUUCGGCGACAGAAUGAAGAGAUACGAAAAGUGGAGGUUCCGGAAGUCGAUAACUUUGAGACGGUGCUGGGACUGCGCUGUUCGUGAGAGGUGGUAUGGUCAUUUGCAGCCAAUUAAGAAGAAAGGGGAGGUUUUUCGUCUCUGCUGGCGGUGUGGAAGGUUGUGGAAUGAGAGGGAGGAGGAGAGGUGCCGGAAGGUGGAUGUUUUGAUCAAGAUUGAUGGUGUUCAUAGGGAGAAGGACACGGGGUGGAAGUGCAAGGCGACGGUGUGUGGUGUUCAGAUGGAAUCUCAAACAGAGCGGCUAACGAUAACGUGGUUCGGAGACGAAGAAGGUUCUACGCCUGAAGAAUAGCCUUAAAAAGAAGGGACGGCUGUAUCGAGGGAUUCAUGAACAUAUUGCUUCUACUGUUUCUCUUGUAGGGGCCUUGAUUUUCCUGAUGCAGACAAUAGACGAAGAGCA